GGCGCCCAGGGGAAAGGAAGCUGGGGGCCGCCUGGCGGCAUUCCUCGCCGCAGUGUGGGCUCCGUCUGCCGCGGGGCCCGCAGUGCCCCCUGUCUGCGCCAGCACCUGUUGGCCCGCCAGCUGGCCGCCCGCGCCCCCCGCGCCCCCCGCGCCCGCCCGGCCGCCAGCCCCGCGCCCCGCGCGCCGCCCGCUGGGGGAAAGUGGAGACGGGGAGGGGACAAGAGCGAUCCUCCAGGCCAGCCAGGCCUUCCCUUAGCCGCCCGUGCUUAGCCGCCACCUCUCCUCAGCCCUGCGUCCUGCCCUGCCUUAGGGCAGGCAUCCGAGCGCUCGCGACUCCGAGCCGCCCAAGCUCUCCCGGCUUCCCGCAGCACUUCGCCGGUACCCGAGGGAACUUCGGUGGCCACCGACUGCAGCAAGGAGGAGGCUCCGCGGUGGAUCCGGGCCAGUCCCGAGUCGUCCCCGCGGCCUCUCUGCCCGCCCGGGACCCGCGCGGCACUCGCAGGGCACGGUCCCCUCCCCCCAGGUGGGGGUGGGGCGCCGCCUGCCGCCCCGAUCAGCAGCUUUGUCAUUGAUCCCAAGGUGCUCGCCUCGCUGCCGACCUGGCUUCCAGUCUGGCUUGGCGGGACCCCGAGUCCUCGCCUGUGUCCUGUCCCCCAAACUGACAGGUGCUCCCUGCGAGUCGCCACGACUCAUCGCCGCUCCCCCGCGUCCCCACCCCUUCUUUCCUCCCUCGCCUACCCCCACCCCCCGCACUUCGGCACAGCUCAGGAUUUGUUUAAACCUUGGGAAACUGGUUCAGGUCCAGGUUUUGCUUUGAUCCUUUUCAAAAACUGGAGACACAGAAGAGGGCUCUAGGAAAAACUUUUGGAUGGGAUUAUGUGGAAACUACCCUGCGAUUCUCUGCUGCCAGAGCCGGCCAGGCGCUUCCACCGCAGCGCAGCCUUUCCCCGGCUGGGCUGAGCCUUGGAGUCGUCGCUUCCCCAGUGCCCGCCGCGAGUGAGCCCUCGCCCCAGUCAGCCAAAUGCUCCUCCUCGGCCUCCUCCUGCUGACAUCUGCCCUGGCCGGCCAAAGAACGGGGACUCGGGCUGAGUCCAACCUGAGCAGCAAGUUGCAGCUCUCCAGCGACAAGGAACAGAACGGGAGGAACUAUACCCAGCAUCUGGACUGGCAUAGAAAAGAGGAGAAAGAACAUUAAAAGGAGUGCAAGAUCCCCGGCAUGAGAGAGUUGUCACUAUAUCUGGUAAUGGGAGCAUCCACAGCCCGAAGUUUCCUCAUACAUACCCAAGAAAUAUGGUGCUGGUGUGGAGAUUAGUUGCAGUAGAUGAAAAUGUGCGGAUCCAGCUGACAUUUGAUGAGAGAUUUGGGCUGGAAGAUCCAGAAGACGAUAUAUGCAAGUAUGAUUUUGUAGAAGUUGAGGAGCCCAGUGAUGGAAGUGUUUUAGGACGCUGGUGUGGUUCUGGGACUGUGCCAGGAAAGCAGACUUCUAAAGGAAAUCAUAUCAGGAUAAGAUUUGUAUCUGAUGAGUAUUUUCCAUCUGAACCCGGAUUCUGCAUCCACUACAGUAUUAUCAUGCCACAAGUCACAGAAACCACGAGUCCUUCGGUGUUGCCCCCUUCAUCUUUGUCAUUGGACCUGCUCAACAAUGCUGUGACUGCCUUCAGUACCUUGGAAGAGCUGAUUCGGUACCUAGAGCCAGAUCGAUGGCAGGUGGACUUGGACAGCCUCUACAAGCCAACAUGGCAGCUUUUGGGCAAGGCUUUCCUGUAUGGGAAAAAAAGCAAAGUGGUGAAUCUGAAUCUCCUCAAGGAAGAGGUAAAACUCUACAGCUGCACACCCCGGAACUUCUCAGUGUCCAUACGGGAAGAGCUAAAGAGGACAGAUACCAUAUUCUGGCCAGGUUGUCUCCUGGUCAAGCGCUGUGGAGGAAAUUGUGCCUGUUGUCUCCAUAAUUGCAAUGAAUGUCAGUGUGUCCCACGUAAAGUUACAAAAAAGUACCAUGAGGUCCUUCAGUUGAGACCAAAAACUGGAGUCAAGGGAUUGCAUAAGUCACUCACUGAUGUGGCUCUGGAACACCACGAGGAAUGUGACUGUGUGUGUAGAGGAAACGCAGGAGGGUAACUGCAGCCUUCGUAGCAGCACACGUGAGCACUGGCAUUCUGUGUACCCCCACAAGCAACCUUCAUCCCCACCAGCGUUGGCCGCAGGGCUCUCAGCUGCUGAUGCUGGCUAUGGUAAAGAUCUUACUCGUCUCCAACCAAAUUCUCAGUUGUUUGCUUCAAUAGCCUUCCCCUGCAGGACUUCAAGUGUCUUCUAAAAGACCAGAGGCACCAAGAGGAGUCAAUCACAAAGCACUGCCUUCUAGAGGAAGCCCAGACAAUGGUCUUCUGACCACAGAAACAAAUGAAAUGAAUGUAGAUCGCUAGCAAACUCUGGAGUGACAGCAUUUCUUUUCCACUGACAGAAUGGUGUAGCUUAGUUGUCUUGAUAUGGGCAAGUGAUGUCAGCACAAGAAAAUGGUGAAAAACACACACUUGAUUGUGAACAAUGCAGAAAUACUUGGAUUUCUCCAACCUGUUUGCAUAGAUAGACAGAUGCUCUGUUUUCUACAAACUCAAAGCUUUUAGAGAGCAGCUAUGUUAAUAGGAAUUAAAUGUGCCAUGCUGAAAGGAAAGACUGAAGUUUUCAAUGCUUGGCAACUUCUCCGCAAUUUGGAGGAAAGGUGCGGUCAUGGUUUGGAGAAAGCACACCUGCACAGAGGAGUGGCCUUCCCUUCCCUUCCCUCUGAGGUGGCUUCUGUGUUUCAUUGUGUAUAUUUUUAUAUUCUCCUUUUGACAUUAUAACUGUUGGCUUUUCUAAUCUUGUUAAAUAUUUCUAUUUUUACCAAAGGUAUUUAAUAUUCUUUUUUAUGACAACCUAGAGCAAUUAUUUUUAGCUUGAUAAUUUUUUUUUCUAAACAAAAUUGUUAUAGCCAGAAGAACAAAGAUGAUUGAUAUAAAAAUCUUGUUGCUCUGACAAAAACAUAUGUAUUUCUUCCUUGUAUGGUGCUAGAGCUUAGCGUCAUCUGCAUUUGAAAAGAUGGAAUGGGGAAGUUUUUAGAAUUGGUAGGUCGCAGGGACAGUUUGAUAACAACUGUACUAUCAUCAAUUCCCAAUUCUGUUCUUAGAGCUACGAACAGAACAGAGCUUGAGUAAAUAUGGAGCCAUUGCUAACCUACCCCUUUCUAUGGGAAAUAGGAGUAUAGCUCAGAGAAGCACGUCCCCAGAAACCUCGACCAUUUCUAGGCACAGUGUUCUGGGCUAUGCUGCGCUGUAUGGACAUAUCCUAUUUAUUUCAAUACUAGGGUUUUAUUACCUUUAAACUCUGCUCCAUACACUUGUAUUAAUACAUGGAUAUUUUUAUGUACAGAAGUAUAUCAUUUAAGGAGUUCACUUAUUAUACUCUUUGGCAAUUGCAAAGAAAAUCAACAUAAUACAUUGCUUGUAAAUGCUUAAUCUGUGCCCAAGUUUUGUGGUGACUAUUUGAAUUAAAAUGUAUUGAAUCAUCAAAUAAAAUAAUCUGGCUAUUUUGGGGACAAGUGUAA